CCGGGGACACACAGUAGGAAAACUACACCGCAGCUCUUCUAUUUCACUCUGCAGUACAAAGCUUUUUUUUAAAAGGACGUUUCGGCCCAGUUCCAAACACUGCAAGUUCAUCCAUUAGGAGGAUUAUUAUGCGUCCAAAAGCUCCAGCUUCACACUGAGCUCCAUCUGCUUGAGUGUCCAGUGACAUGAAACUCAAUCCGCAGCAAGCUCCAUUAUAUGGGCAGUGUGUUAUCACAGUGCAGCUCAGUGAUGAAGAGCUGGCUGCGGAUGAGGAGGGCGUCGACUACUUCCUGCUGUUCGCUGGCAGCACGCAGAGACACCUGACCAGCACCCUAAGGAGCAGUCAUGACACCUUGCAGGCGUUGUGUCCUGCCCAUGACUGUUGUGAGGCGGUGCUGGUCACCCUGUGUGCAGUCUGCCGAGGUGUGUCCGAGGACCCUGAGGACCUACAGCCCUGCCUGGGUCGCCUGGCUCCGUUGGCCGAGCAUCGAUUCACCUUUGUCCAGGAUUUGGCUUUUGACAUGGCCCAGUUCCUGGUGAGCACAGCGGGCCGGGCUGACGGCCUCGACGGGGCGCUGCUGCUGGAUGAGUGUCAGAUUCCCCUGCUGGAGUGUGAACGUCUGGAUGAGAGCUUGGCACUGGCCCUCCACCACCUCGUACUGCCUGCAGGAUGGAGCUUGUUGGGGAACAAACCUGCCAACAAUACUGACCUGGAUCCUCAGGAGACCCUGCUACAUUUUUCAGCACGUCGGGGUCUCUUUCGGGUCACGCACUUCUUGCUGCGGCAGCCUGGAGCGAGAGAAGCCCUGCGACUGGCCAACAGACAAGGCCACACCCCCGCCGCCAUUGCAGAACAGCGCGGACACACUCGCCUCCAUGAGUUCAUCACACAGGUUGAGACGGACACAGAGACGGACAUAGGAACUGGGACUGUCCAGUCGGCCUCUACAGACGCCCGGGCAGUUUGCAACCUCCCAACGCUGAACACACACACUCUGACGCUGAGUAUCAAACCCGGUCGUGACCCUCCGACCCUUCAGAGGAGUGUUGAGCAGCUGCUGCACCUGAUAUGUCAUCUCCAUGCCAAGGGAGUUUCUGAACUGGAGCUGCAGUUUGAUUCUCUACACACAGCUGCUGAAUGUUGUGACGGUGUAGAAACAGAGAUAACCUGUCUGGAUCGACUACAGCCGACUGCUACAGCAUCGGAGUGCCUGGAUACAACAACUCAAGGGAGCUGGCAAGAAAACUGCUCAGUGGAAAGCAGCUGUAGUGUUGAUUAUGGACGUGAUGAAACUGGGAAUGCAGAAAAAGACCGGAGUUUGUCUGUGAGUACUCCGACGUCAGAAGUACGCCCCCAGGAGCAUGGCCUCGGGCCCCCAGAGGAUUGGGUGUGUCUCAAUUCAAACACUGAGAAAGAUUAUUGCCAAGCGGAGGAGGAGGGAAGCAAGCAGCCUCUUGUUUCCACCCAUAUUUUGAGUUUGUCUGACAGCAGUGAAGAAGCACAGAGUGAGGCCAAAGGGGGGAGCCUCACUGUGGGAACCCUACCACCAGGAGACUGUGGUAAACAGACAGAGGAAACUGAUAGAGGAGAGGCUGUGAUCCGGGAAGGACAGGAGGCCACAGAAAGUGAAGAUAGAUCUGAGCAGGAAACAGAGGACGGCACAGCAAGGAGGAGAGAGGAGGAGACCGAGUCAGAGUCAACAGAUUUAAUAACGCCCAGUGGAGACACGAUAGUUUCAGACAUGGGCCAAUCCCCUUCGUCAGAAGCCGCUGGGGUCUCGGACAGCUGCGACUCUGAAGUGAAGGAGUGCUGCCAGGAUGGAGAGAUUGCAGAAAAAGAGAUGAAACACGACCAGGAAGUUUGUGCUGCACUCACUUUAGAGGAGAGAGUUGAGAGUGAAGGGUUAACAGACCCUCUAUCAACCCCGGGGGACCCCCCCAACCCAUCGCUGAUAGACCAUGAUGAUGUAAUCGAGGAGUCAGAAUCUGCUGUUCCAUGUCUCUUGAUAGAAGGCCUCCAUGAGGGGGAACCUCCGCCAGACACAAACAGCCUGGAACAAAACCAGGAAACAGCUGGUAGGGAUUACGCUAUAGAGCAGCAGCGGGGCUCAGCUCCAGAAACUGGGAACUGUACUGAAGGAACGAUUGGUAAAGAGCUGGAUGGUGAAAAAACAGCUGAACCUUCUGGAUACAAUGUAGAAAGUUUUUCUAUGGACGAACCUGACAAAACUGAAGAAACAUCUGCAAUAAAUACAGAGGAUUUUCGGACUGCUGGUAACUCUGUGGAAGAUACACAGACAGAUUCAGCAGACUGCGAUCCACCACCUGAAACGAUGCCUAGCUCCAGUGACAGACACGCUGACCUCGAUUCUGGGAUGACCCACAGCCUCUCCAGUGAUGAUGAUGGCAGUUUCCGAUCAGUUGGAAGCUCCACAACAGACAUAUUCCACCCGACUCAGGAAAAUGCCACCGUUGAGGAGCAGGACUUGAUUCAAACUGAGAUAGCUGAACUGGCCUCUUCAGAAUUCAAUAUGGAGCAACCAAAUGACUCAAAACCUGGUGAAAGCAGUGGAUAUUCACUAACCAUGGAUACUGUGGAGCCUGGUAGUGUCAGUGCUUUGACAGUGACAGACUGCAGCCAGCCUGGCACUGAGCCUGAAGCACAACUGUCACCCAGCCUGCAAACAAUGGAGGCUUUGAAUCCUGAGGGGACAGAAGAAAAACUUGCCCCAGAGCUUCCCGAAAAGGAUCUGUCAUUAGGUUCAGCACUGUCAGAGAAUGGAGAAGUUCCAACAUUGAAGGUUGUUCAAAGUGAAACUGGAGAGGCCAAUGACUCUGACCCAAAUGCAGAGAUUGAGCAUUCUGCAUCAGAGGUCACCAACAGAGUCUUAUGUGAAUCCAGUCCAUCUGCUACAGAGGAGGGUGGAGUGAUUGGUCUAGCUGAAGGAGAGGCUGAGCCCACAGAGACAGAUGAUACAUCUGUGGUGGCCUCAGCAGAGGAGAGUGGUAAUGUGCAAUUUGCUCUACAGCAACACAAACAAGAUACUGCAGAGAUGACAGCCGAUGAAAGGACACCUGACGAGGGAUUAAGGCACUCUGUAGAUGUCAGAUCUGUGGGAGCGGAAUCACUUCUUCUGAACAAUGAAGCAUCAAGUGAGCCACAUGUUGAGAGUGAGAUGACAGAAAAUCCAAAGACUCUCGACGCAGUGGAUGGAGCCUCAGAGGGCCAUGGCAGGCCAAUCCAAGAGGAGGAUAUCAUCAUGUCAGAAGACUCUGUAAUUGCUACAGAGGAGGAAGAAAAUGGCCCAGCAGAGGAAACAGGCUUCUCCACGAUCCACCGAGACACAGAGGCGUCUUUCCAUCAGCCUUUCAACACUCAACACUCAGGUUCCUCACAGUCUCCAACGUUGCCCAGUAGGACCGGCCGUGCCACCAGUUGUCCCACCAGUCACAGAGACUCCGGCAGUGACAUAGAAAGCUUCCUGGGUGCGGAGCCGGGAUAUGACAGCAUUUUCAGAAAGAGUGACGAACCAGUGACAGGAGGAGACAGUGCCAGCGAGGUUUCCGUCUCCUGCUCCUCCACAGACGACACCGCCAGCGUCGGCCCGUCCAGCUCCAGUCCCGAGGGUAGCCAGGGCCUGGGCUGCAGCUGGAGCCCAGAGGAGUGCAUCCAGGCUGGGGCUCCCAUCACUUCAGACGGAGGUGGAGGAGCGGGAGACGCUGAGGACGAGGCCAAAGACAGAGUGACAGAGGUGCCGAGGCGCUCCUGUCUCCUGCGGAACAGCCUCCGCUCCUUGUCGCCUCUUCGCCGCCACAGCUGGGGUCCUGGAAAGAACAACGGAGGAGACGCAGAGAUGAACCAAAGGAGUUCCAUCCGUAGCCCUGGUGAGGGCAAGCCGACCCUUCACAGGAGAAGCUACAGCUUGGAGGGGCUCAGCGGGGGCCAAGAGGAGCUGAGGAGACCCACCACCCAGGGACCCCGAAUCCUCGAGCCUUUAAGGAUGCUCCGGCACGACAGUGAUGAUAGGGGCUCCCUGGUUUCUCUAACCGAGGAGCAGGAAGAGAUGGAGGAGCACAGCAGACUGGACAACCAGAAGUCAAGGCGGUAUCGACCUCUGCGCAACAGCUGUCCUCCUAUGACCCUGCCCCUCACCAAGUCUGUAUCCAUGCUCGCCAUCAGCCAGAGAGACAUUGAUGCGGUGGGAUGCAUGAGACGAAAGAGGCGAAUUUCCUUCUCUUUCAACCUUUCUCCCCUCACCAAAUCUAAGUCUGAGUUCACUUAUGGGGACUCUUCAUCUAGCGAUGAUGAGGAUGACAUGAGUAUGAAAUCGUUUUCUAGCACCUCUGGAUCACUAGCAUACAGUAUAUCAGAGGAGGAGCCCGGCCCUCUACGGAGUGACACUGAGGGAAAGAAUGUGACGAAAGUCAGCCGGACCUUCAGCUACCUCAAGAACAAGAUGUACAAAAAGACCAGGGAAAAGGAGCGAGACAAACGGGACAAAGACAAGGAGGGAAAGGAGAAGGACAAGAAAACGGUGAAUGGUCAUGUAUUCACACCAGUCAGCUCAGGCCAGUUACUCCAGUGCUCCCAUUGCAAUAAGGCUUUCAACAAUAAGGAGGCUUUCCAAUGCACACACUGUAAUGCUUCCGUCCACAAGGGCUGCAGGGACAGUCUGCCUGUUUGCGCCAAGGUGAAGAUGAAGUUGCCCAAGCAGCAGCUCGCAGCACCAGAUUCAAGCUCUUUCUCCACAGUCACAUUGAGGAACAAAUCUGGUGGGACAAGAGAACGUCCUUGGUCAGCCAUCUUGUCCCCAGAAGAUCAUUCUUCACUGAUUAUCCCAUCAUCACGGAGACACACAAGUAUCAUGGCCUUCCACGGCAACAACCUGUCCAAGAGUCUCUCCAUAAGCAACAUUGCUGGUCCGGUGUUUGAUGAGAUGCCCAUCAAAGGCCUGCGAUAUCUUUCCCAGUCCACUGACUCCCUCAACAGAACCAACCAGGUCACAGAGUCCAUGGAAUCACUCACUGAUGAAGGAACAGAGAUGAUGGACGGGCAGCUGAUGGGGGAGUUUGAGGCAGAGGCCAAGGAGCUGGAAGCUGACUCAUGGAGUUUAUGUGUUGAGCAGCACUACCUGCAGCAGCUGGACAAAGAGCUGGUGAAGAGACAGGACAUCAUCUAUGAGCUGAUGCAGACAGAGAUGCAUCACAUCCGGACGUUACGCAUCAUGUCAGAAGUCUACAGCAAAGGACUGCAGAAAGAGGUGCAGCUGGAGCUACAGACAGUGGAGAAGCUGUUCCCAGCUUUAGACGAGCUCCUGGAGCUCCACACGCAGCACCUCCUCCGCCUCCUGGAGAGGAAGAGGGAGAGCCAGCUAGAAAGGGGAAGCUUUGAUGGAAGCUUCGUUAUCAGUAGGAUCGGAGACAUCCUGGUCAACCAGUUCUCAGGAUCUAAUGGUGAAAGCAUGAAGAGAAUUUAUGGGAGAUUCUGCAGUCGUCACAGCGAAGCCGUCAACUUCUACAAGGACCUCCUGAACAAAGACAAACGCUUUAAGGCCUUUAUCAAAAAAAAGAUGACUUGCAGCAUUGUGCGGAGGCUUGGUAUCCCAGAAUGCAUCUUGUUGGUGACCCAGAGGAUAACAAAAUACCCAGUGCUGAUUCAGAGGAUGCUACAGCACACUAAAGAGGGCGAGGAAGACUACGACGACCUGGCAGAUGCUGUGCGGCUCGUGAAGGAGGUGAUCGCGGCGGUCGAUGGCAAGGUGAACGAGCACGACAAGAGGCGCCGACUGAAGGAAUUUCACAUCCGCCUGGACAGCAAGUCCAUUAUGAUGAUGAAGAGCGGUCAGAUUUUUGCCAAGGAGGAUCUGCUGAGGAGGAGGCUGAUCCACGACGGAGCACUGCAGCUGAAGAACAGCCAGGGGAGACAAAAGGAUGUCCACGCUUUGCUCCUAUCAGACAUCUUUGUCUUCCUCCAAGAGAAGGACCAGAAAUAUGUCUUCGCCAUGCUGGACCAGCGCUCCACUGUCCUCUCCCUCCAGAAGCUGAUUGUUCGGGAGGUCGCAACGAAGAGCGCGGCCCUCUUCCUCAUCACAGCAGGCACUGAUAAACCGGAGAUGAUGGAGGUCCUGGCACGCUCGAAGGACGAGCGCAACACCUGGAUGCAGCUCAUCCAGGAAGCCAUGCAAUCAAAGGAGAAGGAUGAGGAUGAAGGGAUUCCCAGUGAGACGGAGGAUGACAAGAGACAACUGGAGACUAAAGCCAAAGAGAUGAGAGAUAUGUUGAGACAGAAGGAUACUGAGAUCAUGUCCCUGCUGGAGGAGAAGGUGCGGCUCUUCAGGGGAAUGUGGGAGGGCUGUAACUCAGGCGAGGAGCCUCGCAGGCAGCUUGAGCCUUUCUUCAGAUCGGCCUGCGGCCUGGAGCCGCCCAGGGGAGCGUCCAUCAUGAAGGAUGCCCUGCAGGAAGUGGAAGCGUUACAGGCACUGGUGAAUGGCAGCCUGGGCGGCGCGAUGGCCAGUGUCCAGGAGGGAGGAGGAGCAGGGCCUGUGUGUUUGCCCCGUCGGGCUGAGACCUUCGGAGGCUUCGACAGUCACCAGAUGCACAGCAGUAAGAGUGGAGACAAAGACGAGAGCGAGGAUACGAUGGGAGAUCUGCGCAGGACGGAGUCCGACAGUGUUUUAAAGAAGGGAGGAAACGCCAACCUGCUGCUGCUGCUGAAGAGGAACAGUGAGCAGGUCCUCAACAGUGUAUCCAAUCUGCAUCUGCUGCUCAGCAGUCUGCAGGCGGUGGUGGUUCAGCAGGACAGUUUCAUAGAGGAUCAGCGGCAGGCCAUGAAUGAGCGCUCGUCCUCCUGCACGUCUUUAUCGCGGCCGUCCUCACGGCCCAGCUCUCUGAUUGAACAGGAGAAGCAGCGCAGCCUGGAGAAGCAGCGGCAGGAGCUGGCAUCCCUGCAGAGACAGCAGUCUGCUCAUGCUGAGGAGAAGAAAAGAAGGGAGAAGGACUGGGAGGUCAGGGAACAGCACCUGGCUGAGAAGGAGGUGCUGGUGCACGUACAGGAGGAGGAGAUCUCAAAGCGGCACAAAGAACUGGACGAGGAGAAGCGGGAGCUGCUGAGCAAGAAAGAGGAGUAUCAGAGAGAUUUGGAGAGGCUCAGAGACGCCCAGAGGAAGCUGGAGAGGGAUAGGGAGGCCGUGCAGCGGCAACUCGACAAGAUGGAGGAGCUCCGUCUGGCAGAGCGGACUCCCUCUACGACGUCGGAUGAAUCCCAGUUCCCCGGCAGCUCCCAGUCUCUGGAGGUGGACCCACUGGAGCUCUCCUCCUCCUCUUCCUCCUCCCUGCCGAGGCUGCAGCCUCAGCGGUCCAAGCCCAAAGGGAAAAGCCUCAAUCCCUUUACCUCAUCUUCCACCAACCCCAACCUCAAGGGCAGCGAAGCUAACAACCAGAUCUCAAAGAGCCUGCUACAGCUGGCCAAGAACAAGAACAAAGAGAGCAAGGAGAAGAAGAAGAAGAAGGGCAAAGGAGGGAGCGUACAGACCGCAGACCCCUCACACCUCCCAGAGCCCCCUCUGGAUGGAGAGAUCUUCUUCUGCUGAGACAAGUGGCUCCCUUUUCCUCCUCCUCAUCCUUUUAGACCCAUCACGCCUGUCUGACUUCCAGAGGAUUUAUUGUGUUACUGCCAAGUAGUAACACAAUAAAGAGACUUUUAGAUAGCUGAUUGUAAUGUAGAGCAAUUUAACAUUACAUGCAAAAAAUAAAAAAAGACAAACAAUGUAUGUUCAGUUCAAAAUGGCACCACUGCUUUUAGUUUCUGGAAAAUAGAUUUUCAGUGGAUCUGUUUUGGUGUGCAAGUAGGCAUACAUGCACUAUAUAAAAAAGAGGGAAUGUGGAAUGGCAAUGCACUUUGAUGUAUUGUCUGUCCAAAACUCUGUUUCCUUUUCCAAAGAUGUGUUAACAUUUCUUUAUCCUUGAGAAUUGUACAUUUCUGACAGCUCAAUAUCAGAUUGAAAGCAUUUCACAGCGGAUUGCUCCACCAAGUAUGUCACGGGCUUCAUUGCCUCCGUUUCCAUGUUUGUUACGGCCCCAGCUAGCCCCCCUUUUCAGCCGUCAGUCUCACACAAACAGACCGUUUCAACCAGAAAUAUGUUAAUUUACAGACGCAGGGUCCUGUCCAUGUGACCACACACAAAUAUAUGUAAAAAAAAUGCUACAUGGAAACAGAUAAGAAUGUCAACAAACUCCCAUGUGGCACUGGAAACGCCUCACUCGGAAGCAUUUUUAUUGACUGAAACCACAGAAUAAAAUCUGCAAAAUCAAUAGUGUCCUAUCAACAUUUCCUAAUUGAAAAAGUCAAGUGCUGUCAGUUUUUUUUUCAGCAUUUCAAUUCAAACUGCUACUGUGUUUAUCCACAUUAGGAGAAAAUUGUUGCCAGGCAUUCCUUCACUCAUUUGAAAAGCAGAUGUGAUUACGUCCGCUAAUUUAGCCUCCAGUUUGUAAGCAAAAUGGAAUUGGCACAUGAUAACUUGACUAAUCUUGUAUAACGACUUGAUGCCAUCAAUCAUGUUCCUUGGCUUUAAAAUUAUCUGAAUUAUGGAUAUCUCAAUUUUGGAGUGAAACUCUUCAAAAUGUAUGUGCCUAUUUCCCACAUUGUACAGUAAUGAAAAGAUUGAGACAUAUCGGCCUGUGUCUAAUGGCUCAAUUCAUAUCCUUCAGUGUGUUUUAGAGCCUUGGUUGGAUAUUAGUUUGAUCCCCGCUUUAUCUGCCUGUCACUGGGCUUUUAUGCAGCCCUCAUCGUUCAUCUGAGCGAGGCUUUCCUUCGUUUUUUAAUUGCAUGUAACUCUGCAGGUAGCAUACUAAUGGCUUCUGUGUGGUAAAGAGUUCAGCGUUCUCCUUUCAACCUCCCUCUUUCAUUUCAGAUAAUAGGCUCAGUAAAUGUACACGGCUGAUGGUUUUUGGAAAUGGAGGUUGUUAAUUUAGGGACAAAAGAGGCUGGUUAGAGAAAAGGAGAAAGGACAUUAACUAAAAACACAGAAUGAUGUUAUGUGUCCCCGUUUAGAUGCUUAAUGACCAAACCGUACCGCCUGAGUAUCUGAUCAUUUCAAUGAAUCAACAUUUAUCAAUGUUGUUGAGCACUUUGGUUGUAAUGUGUUUGCAUUUUUGUUUUUUUCUCUUUUUUUGUUAUCAGUGUGAGAUAUCAAUCAAGGGGAUCUUUGUUUUCAGUUUUUUAAUUGGGGGCAAUGACGCUGGUGAAGAGCAACAAUGAUCCAAAGCAAGAUUGUUCACGAUGUGUUGAAUCACAUCAAAGGUGCUGCGGUUCCACUUCGUUAGCGUGGCAGGUAACUUUUAGAUGUUUGCAGUGUGACCUGCCCUUUAGUUUUUAAGCCUGUGGUUUAGUCCCACUGAGGCCACACAUCUACCUGCUGGACAGGUAGUAAACAAACAGAGGAAGUUAAAAAAAAAAAAAAGAAAGAAAAAAGAAGCCCUUUCCUGAUGAAUUACAGAGCAGCGUCACUGAACUGCUUCCUUGCUGCCUCUUUUGUCUCAUGUUUAAGUGCUUGUUUGUUAACUCGCCGUCUAUGUUGAGGAUUUGACUUGAUGUCCAGGCUGGUUUAUUAUAGUGUGUCUUCUAAGAGGCUUACAGAGCCAGCCAAUUAGUUGCUUUAUGUCUUUUGUUUAUGGCUUUGGUGUAAUCCUGUCAAAGAAACAGAGAGGAAUGGGCUUUUUUUGUCUCUCUAUUGCUUUAGGUGUGUUUUGACCACUAGGGAGCACUGUACCUAUGACUAAAUUAAUUCACUCCCUCACACAACACCCAGAAAGUAUGAAACUAUUUUUUUUAUUUUUUUAAAACAAAAUAUUAUAAAUUGAGUUUUUUCUCAGCAGGUCAUUGCCGUACAGAGAUAAUGUGAUGAGCGUGGGUUCUCAUACUCUGUGACAUUUUCCCCACGGCAUUUGUAAUUGACUGCAGAAACAAAUAAGUUGUCAGAGACUGUAAUUGGUUAUUCAGUGAAACCAGUCAGCAGCAGCUUUAAUAUGGAGGAGAAAAAAAAACAGUUUGAGGGAGCGACGGGGCAGAACCACAAACCUCUCUCUGUAAAGGACAAUCAGCAGAUGUGAGUCGAGAAAAUGAUCUCCCUUCCCGAUGAUGAUAGGCCUGUCCGCAAGAUGAGUAUGUCCAUCAGGUGAACCCUGCGUAGCCUUAAAUCUUAACGAUGAAAUGCACUAGAGUAGAACCCAGCGUCUUCUCAGGAGAGAGGGAAGAGCUUUUAUACCUCUGCUUUCAAAUGAAGGAAAUGUUUGUAUCAUGAAAAUGGUAGAAAUUGUUUCAUUCUCAACUAUGUAAAAAGAAGGGCAAAGACAAAUGUGUAAAUAUGAUUUAUGUAUAAAACAAAUCAAAUGUAAAAAAUAAGUUUCUUUUUGUGAUUUACUGCAACAUUUUGUAAUAAUGUUUUAUUUAUGUUUUAUUUUCACCCAUUCGGUGACCAACAAUGUAAAGUCAUAUUUCUCUCAUAAUAAUAAAAAAAUCAUAAUGGA